CGGCUGGGGGAUGCAGCCUCUCAUAUCCAGCACAUGGACCGCGGAGCUUGGAGCUGCUGCAAAGCGCCUCGGCUCCAUUAGCUAAAUAAUCUCGAAAGCGGGCGACACAUUUUUCCUUUUCACACCUGGACCCCAGAUUUAAAAGGGAUUUAUUUGUUCACGUGUUUUUUUUAACUCCCUUCACAAUUUCUUUUUAAACCAAGAGAGCAAAUCCAGUUGGGUUCAAUGCGCAACCAUGCUCAUCAUCUCGUCUCGCAGUGCGCUGCUGUCCGUCUACUACCCACAGAUCUUCCUCAUCCUCACCAGCGGUAGCUACCUGGCGUUGUCCUCCGUGGUAGCUCUGGGUGCAAACAUCAUCUGCAACAAGAUACCAGGACUGGCUCCCCGUCAGAGGGCCCUCUGCCAGAGUCGCCCUGACGCCAUCAUUGUCAUUGGCGAAGGCGCCCAGCUUGGCAUCAACGAGUGUCAGUACCAGUUUCGCUACGGCCGGUGGAACUGCUCAGCCCUGGGAGAGAGAACUGUCUUCGGACAAGAACUGAGAGUAGGCAGCAGAGAGGCAGCAUUCACUUACGCCAUCACUGCAGCCGGAGUUGCUCACGCAGUGACGGCCGCAUGUAGCCAAGGCAACCUGAGUCAGUGCGGCUGCGACCGCGAGAAGCAGGGCUACCACGACCAAGAGGAGGGCUGGAAAUGGGGGGGCUGCUCGGCCGAUGUCAAGUAUGGCGUGGAUUUUUCCCGGCGCUUUGUGGAUGCCCGUGAGAUCAAGAAAAAUGCCCGCCGGCUGAUGAACCUCCACAACAACGAGGCAGGCCGAAAGAUCCUGGAGGAGAGAAUAAAGCUGGAGUGCAAGUGUCACGGCGUGUCCGGUUCCUGCACCACUAAGACCUGCUGGAUCACCCUGCCAAAGUUCAGAGAGAUCGGUUACCUGCUGAAGGAGCGCUACAGUGAAGCAGUUCAAGUAGAGCCGGUCCGGGCCUCCCGGCUCCGCCAGCCCUCCUUCCUACGUCUCAAGGAAGCAAGGGGCUACCAGAAGCCCACAGACACGGACCUGGUGUACCUGGAGCGCUCUCCUAACUACUGUGAAGAGGACACAGCCACAGGAAGCACAGGGACAAGAGGCAGGCUGUGCAACGGCACCUCGACCCACACGGACGGCUGUAACGUGAUGUGCUGCGGCCGGGGCUACAACACGCACCACUAUACACGAGUCUGGCAGUGCAACUGCAAGUUCCACUGGUGCUGCUUUGUCAAGUGCAACACCUGCAGUGAGAAGUCUGAGGUGUUUACUUGCAAGUAAGAACGAGGAAAACUGAAUGAAGGAUCUGGAGGUAUUUAUUCCAUUUUGCACAUUUUGAAAUACUUUGGAACAAUUUAAAGAGAGAAAAAUAAAAAAAAUUUGUUUGGAAAGCAUUUGGAGCAACACAAAAACAUUUAUGAUACAUUUCUGCUUCUGAACUGAUUCAAAGAAAGAUACAAAGACGCUGAAGUUUAAGAGAUUUUACGCUCUUUUGCUUUCAACAAAGCCUUAUUAUCGAGACAACAUCUUGCAAAGAUGUGUUUUUACAGACAUUCAGCACAAGAGAAAAAAAGGAGAAAUUUUCUUUGGACUGCCCUGAAACAGGACUGAAUGAAGGCAGCCAAACACAUUAAACUGUCCUUUCACACUGUAUUCUGUUUAAACACUGAAAAUGAAACUAUAUUAUUUAUGCAAAACAUCUUCAAACUUUUAGCAUAUUCAACAGCUCUAACAUUUUUCCCUCU